CGUGAGGCUGGGGUGCAAGUGAAGGAUGCAGGUGUUUUGCCUCUCAGAGCUGGGGAAGCGUCCAAGAUGUUGUAAAGAAAAAGGGAGUACUGGCUUGUGUCCAAUUCUGCAAUGAUGCAGGGAACGAAACUUGUCUGUUAUAACUAUAAUAUAUGAAAGUUCAAAGGAGCCCAUACUUUGAGGACGUUGAUGCCAUGGAUGAACUGACCAUUUAGGAUUGGACAUCAGAAUGGCAACAUACACACAUGGUCAGCCCAGUCUUUCUGUAGGAGGUGAAAAAUUAAGAAGACCCAUGGUCAUCGAAAUCAUAGAAAAAAAAAUUGAGUAUCUUAAAAAAGAAAAGACUUUAAAUGUAUAUGGCACAGUGUUCUUUGGGACAGCAGCUAGUUUCUCUGGAAUGUUGGCAAACUUCAUUUUCAGACACUGCUUCAAGGUUAAACAUGAUGCUUUGAAGACCUAUGCAUCCGUGACUACACUUCCGUUUUUGUCUACUAUAGUCGCUUAUAAGUUCCUUGUAACAGAUGCUUUGUAUUUGGGCAAUAUAAGCCAGGAAAAUUGUGUUCUGAGAAGUUCACUGAUUGGCAUAGUAUGUGGUGUUUUAUAUCCCACUGCUUUGGCUUUUUCUAAAACUGGACGCCUGGCAGUCAAGUAUCAUACUGUUCCGUUGCCACCAAAAGGAAGGGUUUUACUUUACUGGCUCCUGCUUUGUCAGACAGAAGUAAAAGCAAUGAUGAUUCCUCUAGUGUUUCAGACCGUCUUUGGAAUAUUUAAUGGUCUACGGCAUUAUGCAAUAUUUGAAAGUACACGUGAGAAGACUGUACGUGAUGAUUAAUCAAAGAGUGAGUGGAUAGUAAACCAGCAGAAUGGGUUGUUUUGUUUUGUUUUGUUUUUUUAUGAUGAGGACUCAGGAGUUAAAAGUAACUCCAGACAGUUUAUUUCUAUGCCUCCUGCUUGGUCUAUAGCAAGUACUCAAUAAAUAUUCAGUAAUUCACUAUUUCAA